AUGCUACCGUCACUCUCACUCAGUUCGUCCAGUUUAGACCAAUUCCGUAAAAACGUCUAUCGACCUCGACUCUGUCUCCUCCUACUCCUCGUACUACUUAGUCCAUAUAAUGCAAGCCAACUUACAUCUUCGCCCGCAGAAGCCGUCAGCUUCAGUCAACCAGCACAACAAGGCUGGUCAGUAAGCAUCAUCGAUGGUCUCGUUGUAGCCGCUCCCCCUCCCGCUUCGAAGCUGCUGGAGUCGGUCUCUUCUGCUUUGCCGAAGAAGCUCAAAACAGAAGAGGCCGACGCCAAGACUGGCACCUCUGAAAGCAAGGCUUCCAGUCCUUCACCUGUUCCAUCAGUGCCGAAGAACAAAGCAAGCAAGGAGACGUCAGCUCAAGAGGGACAGCCGUCACCAGGCUCCCUCUUCCGCUUGCCCAAGCUAAGCUGGGGUCUUGUUGUCGAUGAGCAUGUCUUGCCUGCCCUGCUGCCACUUCAUCUGCUUUGGGCGAUACGAUUGGGAGGUAUGGCGGUAGAAGAUGGGGUGGUGAAGAGCUCGUUACUCGGCGCAAAAUCGAGCUUUCACUCUGUCACCUUACCGCUUAUUUAUCUUGGGGUGCUUAGCAUGCUCGCGAUUCUCGCCGGUCAGCCAGCAACAGUGUCCGUAAUCAGCUCGCUCUGUCAUGACUGGAGGAUACAGCUCGGCUUCGAGACACUACAACAAGACAAAGACGGGGGGACCUCGUUCAAUUCUAGUCUCAAGGCUGAUGGACUGCUGCCUCUGUCGCUGUUUGUGAUGCUCGAGGCGGCUUCUACCGUGGUGCACCUGUCAAGUGUUUUGACAAAGGUGGAUGCGGAGCUGAUAUCCAGGAUUGUUCCUAUGCAGAUGAAGCUUCCUUCUCCAUCGCAUUUGCCGCCCUUGGUGGAGCUUUUGCCGUUGCCGAGAGCAGUGAAGGCGGCGUUGACAGAGCCAGUAGCUAACACUGCUACAGCUAGGUAUGCGAGAGGACGACGACCGAUGAUGCCUUCUGUCAACCCAGCUCCGCCUUCUGCCCCCACAAAUGAUGGGCAUGCAGCAGCCCAAGCUCCACAGCAACAACAGACACAAGCUCAACCUACAGCCAACACAACAGCUGUCAACACCACUCAACCCACUGCCGCAGCUGCCCCUACUACCACCGACGACUCUAUCCCUCAGCAAGUGUACCGUCGAGUUGAAGCACCUCACAGCGAAAUCCUUCGCACAACCUCGGUCGCACGACCCAUCGCCCCGCUCCGGCUACCCGAAUCCGAAAUGAUGCCGACAAUCCCCGGAUCCGACGCUUUUCCCCUUUCCGCCUCCCAUCGACUCCGAGGUCAAUCCGUCCUAGUCUCCACCAAAUGGAUCUCCGACACAGCCACCUCUCUAUUCGACAAACUCAUUGGAACCCUGCUCUACGCAAUCAUCACUCUCCGUCUCCCCACUCUUUCACCCACUUCUCUCCCUCCCGUGCUCUCUCUGCUCAGUUUGCGGUCUGAACUUGCAUCUCUCACUCAAAUCUGGUCUAGAGCAAGAAGUUCAGUUGAGUGUCUCGAAUUUGUAAGACGGAGAUGGGGAGUGGUGCUGGAGGAAGGGAAGGAUCCAUAUACAAGUGUCCAAAGGCCGAGAGCGGCAAAAGAGGCGGGGGACUACAAGUGGAAGUCUUGUGAUGAUGUGUUUUGUGCGAUUUGCUUCGAACUCACCCGUAGCAAGGCGAUGGAAGGUGAGGGUGAGGAGAAGGAGGGGGAAAAGGAGGGAGAAAAGGAGGGGAGGAAGUACGAGUUUUGUAGAUUGGACUGUGGACAUGAGUUACACGAUGUUUGUUUAGUGUCAUGGUUGACAGCACAGGCUUUUUGUCCUACUUGUCAUGUUGUGCUUAGUUUUAGUCCCAGGUCGUCGUCCAGGAGGAGUGCUGCUCAGACAUGA